AUGGCGAUCAUUGAACUUAUUUUUCCACGCGCGAAAACUGAUGAUGCGACUUUGCAACUGCUAGAAAAAGACUGGCCCACCUUGAGCAAAGGGUUGACCCAUCCGAAUCCCGGUCUACUUCACGCUUUUCGAGGAUGGGUUUUGACAGAAGAUGGAGAGAAUGUUAGAGAUUCUCACCGUGAAUUCCUCCUCUUUGAAUGGAAUGCAGCAGAUUCAUUCCAUAAUUUCCUCAAUCAGGCAUUUGGUGACCGGACCGCCUACCUGCAACUCUUCGAGACAAGCUCUUCGCCAAAAGAUGCAGCUUCAGCACCAAUUGUUGAGAUUAUUCGCACAGAGCUUUCCAGCUUGGAGAAUGUCGAGGCCUCACUGCAAGUCUGGAAGAAGAUGGAAAGUUUUCUCGUUAGUGAGGGUGGAGUCCGGGGUUGUACAACUUACGGCACAAGUUUGAAUCUAGAAGAAACCACCGUCGUUGGUAUUAUCGGAUGGCUGCAUCAGGAGGUAAGAUCUGAGAUUUGA